AUGGCCAUAAAAAAGAAGAACAACAACAAUCUCAAAAAGAAAAAGUCUCAAAUAGAGUAUGAAGAGCUAACAGGAGACAUCAAUUCUUGGGAUUGGUCAGAAUCAGCAGGAACUUCAGACGCUUUUUUGACAGACGACGUAGGAGGAUUUCUGUGUUUGGAAGAAAUUAGUGAUGUUGAAAUAGAAUAUGAAGGAGACGAAACAACAGGAAAAGUAGCCAAGUUUAAAAGAAUCAAAAAAACAGAUCGUAAACCAACAAAGAAGGCUGAGCCUACUGCUCCUCUCAGUAUUGAGGAAACAGGCAAAUACUACGAUUUGGACACAUUUGAUGAAGAAUUGGCUGCCAAGACAGAGGCUGAUACUAAGGAUAACAAAGACAGUAAGAUUGUACAAGGAGAGAUCGAUACAGUCGAAGACGAGAUCGAAAGAGAUGACAUGGAAAUAACAGACACUACAGAAAAGCCAAAUGAUGACAAUAAGCAAAAGGAAAACGAAACACAGUCAAAAAAGACAAAGGCACAAAAGCUAUUGGAAAAGAAAAAGAAAGACCUGGAAAGAUUGAUGGCACAAGUGAAAAAACUUGAAGAAGAAGUAGAAGUGACUGAAAAAGAACCUAAGAAAGAAGAAGAAAAGAAAAAACCAGAAGGGAAGAAGCGACCGACAGUAGACGAUAUUGACACAACUGUUGAUGUAUCUGCUUGGAACGAUCUUCAAUUGGCUGAGCCUAUUGUAAAUGCUUUGAGAUACCAUAAAUUCAGCGCGCCUACACCUAUUCAAGAAAAGACGCUUCCUUUAGCCUUGAGGGGUCGUGAUAUCGUUGGUUCAGCCGAAACAGGUUCCGGUAAGACGUUGGCCUUUGGUAUUCCCAUUGUGCAUUAUCUCGCCACCCAUCAGAAAGAAGGACUUGCCGGUUUGAUCUUAACACCUACACGUGAAUUGGCCAUUCAAGUGAAGGAGCAUAUCUCGAAUAUAGCAUUGUUUACUGACACUCGCUGUGUGGCCAUUGUGGGUGGUAUGUCAGUUCAAAAGCAAGAAAGAUUAUUAAAGAACAAGCCUGACAUUAUUGUUGCCACUCCGGGUCGUCUUUGGGAGCUUUUUUCAAGCAAUCAAGAAUACAUGGACAUGUUGAAGCAUAUCAAAUUCCUUGUCCUUGAUGAAGCUGAUCGUAUGUUAGAAAAGGGCCACUUUGAAGAACUGACCAACAUUUUGAAUUCGAUUUCCACCAAGAGACAAAGUACAACGGAUUGGCCAGAACAGGUGAAAGAUGGUACGAGAAAAGUGCUGCCUCAAGAUCUCGGCGUUCACCAGACGUUCAUCUUUACUGCAACACUCAACAAAGACAUCCGCUUUAAUGUCAAGGCAAAGAAGAGAAAGAUUACACCUCAACCGACAGGCACAAUGGAUGAUCUCUUGAGUCGUAUUGAAUUUGCUGAUCAAGAACCAGCACUGAUCGACAUCACAUCUGAAAACAUGGUGGCAUCUCGCCUGUUGGAAGCCAAGAUUGAAUGUCUUCAAAACGAAAAGGAUAUGUAUGUCUACUACUUUGUUACGCGUUAUCCUGGUCGUACAAUCAUCUUUGUCAAUUCAAUUGACUCUAUUCGUCGUCUGGUGCCCGUGUUCAAAUUGCUAAACAUUGAAGUACUCGGUUUACACGCUCAAAUGCAGCAGAAGCAACGUUUGAAGAAUUUAGAUAGAUUUAAGGCAAAUGAUAAAGCUGUCUUGGUUGCUUCAGAUGUGGCUGCUCGUGGUUUGGAUAUUCCUUUGGUUGAGCACGUCAUUCAUUAUCAAUUGCCACGAUCAGGAGAGAUUUAUGUCCAUCGAAGUGGUCGUACAGCUCGUGCCAACCGUGAUGGUGUUUCAUUGUUGUUAUGUGGACCAGAGGAAACAAAGGUGUAUCAAAAGUUAUGCCAGACUUUGAGAAAGGGAGAAGAAUACCCCAUGUUCCCUGUUGACCUGAAUAUCUUAAGAUCCAUGAAGGAGCGUGUUGAGCUGGCAAGACAAAUUGAUUCCAUUCAACAUAAAGAAUCAAAGCAGGUUCAUGAAGAGAAUUGGAUGCGUAAACUGGCACAAGAGAUGGAUGUCGAUUUCGACGAAGAUAUGAUGCAAGGAAAGGGUCAUCAAAAGUCCAACAAGGAACUUCAACGAGAGAAAGCCAAGGUGAAUGGUUUAAAGAGUCAGCUGAACCAAUUAUUGCAAAAGCCUAUAUUACCUGCUGGUGUAUCUAGGAAGUUCUUGACGGGUGGUCUUGUCUCUGGUUUAGUGGACAGACUUAUAGAGAAUAAAGAUCAAAAAGUACUUCCUGCUUCAACAAAUACAAAGGCUGUAGAUGACUUGCACACUGUGAAAAAGCGCAAGACGAACAAAAGUAAUAAAUAG